GAGCGUAGGGGCCUAGAGGGCUCCGCGAAAACUGUGGGGUAGGCGACCGGCGAGAGAAGCGGUUGGGGCGCACUGUCCGGAGUGGGAGCCCUGUUCCCAGACCUGCCCGAGGAGGCGGCCUAGAGGGUGGACAGACAGACGUCAGGGAGGGCCAGCAUGCUCCCACUCCUGCACCCCGCCUUGCCACUACUCUUGGGCGCCACGCUGACCUUCCGGGCGCUACGGCGCGCGCUCUGUCGCCUGCCCCUACCCGCGCACGUGCGCACCGACUCCCUGCGCACCUGGCGCUGGCACAACCUGCUGGUCUCCUUUACCCACUCCAUUGUGUCGGGUAUCUGGGCGCUAUUGAGUUUAUGGCAGACCCCGGAGAUGCUGGUAGAGAUUGAGACAGCAUGGUCACUUUCAGGCUAUUUGCUAGUUUGCUUCUCUGCAGGGUACUUCAUCCAUGACACGGUGGAUAUUGUGGUUAGUCGGCAGGCUAGAGCUUCUUGGGAAUACCUUGUUCACCAUGUCAUGGCUAUGGGCGCCUUCUUCUCUGGCAUCUUUUGGAAAAGCUUUGUUGGUGGGGGUGUCCUAACACUCCUGGUGGAAGUCAGCAACAUCUUCCUCACCAUCCGAAUGAUGAUGAAGAUCAACAAUGCCCAGGAUCUCCUCCUUUACCGGAUCAACAAGUAUGUCAACUUGGUCAUGUACUUUCUUUUCCGUCUGGGGCCUCAGGCCUACCUCACCAACUUCUUCCUGCGUUACGCGGGCCAGAGGACCCUGGGCACCUUUCUGUUGGCCAUCCUCCUCAUGCUGGAUAUAAUGAUCCUUGUCUACUUUUCCCGCCUCCUCCGCUCUGACUUCUGCCCUGACCCUGUUCCUAGCCGGCAACAUAAAAACAAGUUCUUGACUGAGUGAGAGGCACAAGGCCUGGGACUUGCAGCAACAACAAGCACAGCCAAGAACAGAAAAAGCUUCAUACACAAACUGGAACUCUGCCCCAAACCCAGGCGUCCUCUGGGGCCAUCCUCCCCACCUUGAGCCUGCAUCCACACUAUUUAAAACACUAAUGAAAGCACUCCUCUGAAGUCCUCUUUUCUUGGGCAAAGGGAAGCAGACAGACCGGUUGGACGUAAUAGAUGAGCAUGAAGACAAGUCCUUAUUCUAAAGCCGGUCAACCCACACUGCCUGAAAUGGAUGCUAAUGACAACUCUGAAGUAUUGCCUUUGCUCCCUCAAACUCUGGUAUAGGUUUAAUGCCCAGCCUCUUCCAAGGAUGAAGGAGCAGGCUCUUGUUCUCUUACCCUUAUGAUGUAGGUUCUAGUUGUCCUAGAACAAUUAACCCUCAUCUGAACAAUAAAUACCUC